UUCUAGUUUACAAGAACUUUUUAAGGACCAAUUUUCAAAAUGAAAGUGCUUUGAUAAGUGAGGUGUAUUUCUUUUGAUGUCUGAAGAACUUUUUAGCUUCGUCGCUUAACAAUGGGAGCCACUGGAAUACAGAUCUUAACUCGUUCUUUAUUAUGAAUCAUGGAAGAGAACAGUUCAUUUGUGACUGAGUACAAUGAAAGCACUGCCGCUUGGCCAAUAGAGCCUUCUGCACCCAGCAGACACUUAGGAAAUGUUCCCAGCCCACAAACACGUCUCAAGGACCUCAUGGGAUUAUUUUUCAUGGUGACCCUAAAUUUUCUUGCACUUCUGGCCAACACUGCUGUUCUUGUGGUUGUCAUCAAAGCCCCUCAUCUCAGGAAAUUUGUAUUUUUGUGCCAUCUUUGUGCAGUGGACCUUCUGUGUGCCAUCUUGAUCAUGCCACUCGGCAUUGUGUCCAGCUCGGGGUACUUUGCUGGUGUGGUGUUCACUGUGCUGGAGUGCCAGAUCUAUGUCUUCCUCAAUGUAAUCCUCAUAGCAGCCUCCAUCUUCACCAUCACAGCUAUUAGCGUGGAGCGUUAUUACUACAUUGUUCACCCCAUGCGAUAUGAGGUCAAGAUGACGCUGAAGCUGACUGCAGCUGUGAUGGUGAUAGUGUGGGUCGCUUCUGCAGGGCUGGGAUUGUCUACUGUGUUUGGAUGGCCGUCUUAUGGCAGCCUGACCUCCGUCAGUGCAGCACACUGCUCACUGUACUGGAGCAACAGUGACCACAGGCGUAUUUUCUCUGUGCUCUUCAGUGUCACCUGUUUCUGUCUGCCAGCAGUUGUGAUUUUUGCUGUCUACUGUAAUAUCUACAAAGUGGCCCGUGUGGCUGCCCGGCAACAUGGACCUCUGCCCUCCUGGACAAACAGUCAACUGAAGCAUCGCUCUGACUCAAUAAACAGUCAGACUACCAUCAUUACAACUCGCAAUGCCCCACGCAGGAUUACCCGAGACCGGCCUUUCGGGGGUGGUAAGGCUGCUCUUACUCUGGUGGUCAUUGUUGGGCAGUUUCUAAUCUGCUGGCUGCCUUAUUUUGCCUUCCACCUUCAUUUGAUACUUGAUGCAACACCCCAGAUCCCCGACGACCUGGAGGAAACUGUCACCUGGCUGGCAUAUUCGUCAUUUGCUAUUAACCCUUUUUUCUAUGGGCUUCUAAAUCGGCAGAUUAGGGAAGAGCUUUGUAAACUAAGGCGCUGCUACUCGACUCGGCCAAUGGAAUUGCCAGCGUCCAGCCAGGAGGGCUCGGGUCAUGAGAACUUCUUGCAGUUUCUCAACAGGACCAGCUGCAGUUUAGAGACACGUCCAAGCUUUGCUACUCCCAGUUCUGGAGGCACUCUGGAUUGUACUGGGCAGACUGGUUUCAGGAUACCAGGACAGAUUCCAGAGGAGUUCAGUUAG